AAUUGAAAUAAAUAUUAGUUUUUAUUUUCUCUAGCCAUUUGACAGAGCCUACAUUGACAACCCUGGACCCAUGGUCGUGUUUGCAACCCCAGGGAUGCUUCAUGCUGGUCUCUCUCUACAGAUCUUCAAGAAAUGGGCACCCAACAAAAACAACAUGGUUAUCAUGCCAGGUUAUUGUGUUGCUGGCACUGUAGGUCACAAAAUACUGAGUGGAGCUAAGAAAGUGGAAUUUGAAAACAACCAGAUCGUGGAAGUCAAGAUGUCAGUACAGUACAUGUCAUUCAGUGCCCAUGCAGAUGCCAAAGGAAUUAUGCAACUGAUCCAGCACUGCGAACCUCGUAAUGUUCUGCUCGUCCAUGGAGAAGCAUCAAAAAUGGAGUUUUUGAAGAAUAAAAUAAUGCAGGAAUUUGGAAUCGAAUGUUACAUGCCCGCAAAUGGAGAAACGGUGUGUAUGCCAGCUCGGGUAGUUAUACCCGUUGACGUCUCACUUAAGCUUCUAAAAAGGGAGCUAAGCCAAUCAGGAUCAGACCCUAAAAAACCAAGAAUACUUCAUGGAGCCUUGAUGAUGUUUGAUAAUACUCUACGCUUGGUAGAUCCAGAAGCUGCUAUGGACGAAGUUGGUGUCAAGCCACAUGACAUUCGCUUUACUUCUACUAUCCAUCUUGAGGAUCCAUCGGGCGAGCCUCCGACAAGAGUUGCCGAUGCUAUAUACCAGAAAAUGAAAAGCAAGCUUAAGGACCACACGAUUCACUUAAUGGUGGACAGUUCUAUUUCUGUAGCCUCCGUUCUGAUCAAGGUUGAUAACAGUGAUGAUGAUGGCAAGAAUGUUUUUGUUUCGUGGGGAUAUCAGGAUGAAGAAUUAGGAAGCUAUCUUCUAAGCUUAGUGAAAGAAAUGGAAGAAUAUUUUACGUGACAGUGACUGAAAUCUAUCAUCGGUUAUCGUGUGGAAAAUGAAAAACUACUGAAAUAAAAGGGAUCACGAAGAACGUGACACCGCCCAUGAUUUUCGGCUUCGAGACUCAUCGCAUCUCUCUCUCUCUCUGGUGUUCAACACACUGUUUUGUAAAGAAUGUUGAUGUACAACUUUUUUGACAAUAAAUGUUUUUAUUGUAA